CAAAGUCAAAAUGGUAAAUAUUUGGAUAAAUCAGUUUAAAUUUUGAAAUAAGUGCGAAUUCUCAUAUUUGAAAUAACCGCGGUUAUUUAGACUGAUUCAAGUAAGCAAUCUGUAAAGACCAGCCCUGGCCCUGGACCAGCCACAACCGGUUUUCCCGCACCAAAAGCAAACAACAAAUCGGUUUUCCCAGAAUUCUCGUGCGAAGACCAGCAUGACCGCCAUGUUGAAUUCGCUGCUGCGGUCUUCCUGCCGCCUGUGACGUCACUUAAGAUGGCGGCGCAGUCGGUUCCAGUCGGCUCUCGCCCUUAGCAUAAGGAGAGUAAAGGUAGGAGAUGCGAAUAAACAGCCAGAGUCACCAAAAGAGGGGAAGGGGUGGGGGCGAACAACCAGCGAGCAAGCGACGUUUACCUUUACCUUUACUCUCCUUACCUUAGCAGCAGCUGUGUCGAAGCCAGCAUUUCACUCACUCACACAUUACAUCAGCGUCUGUUAUAAUUCCGAAUUUUGUCCUCUGCGCUUUGCCUGCUGACAGGAAUCAAUCAUUAUGGCUGAUGGGAAUCUGGUGACAGUGGCCUCCAAGAAGCUGAAGGCCCUGCAAGAGGGGCUCCUUACGGACGUUGUCUUCCUCGUUGGUGAAAAUGACGAAACGGCCGAGGAAAUUUGGGCCGUCAAGUUUGAUUUAACUGUGAGCAGCAUGUUUUUCGCCAACCUUUUCAACAGCCCUCUGACCCUGAAAUGUGACGGAAAAAUCAGGUUGAAGAACAUCGAGCCUCAAGUCUUCAAAUUGAUCGUCGAGUUUACUCACCUGAGUGGACAUCUGUUGUCCGAAGUGGACAGUUUGGACACUUGCCUCAAGUUGGCAGCGGCCGCUGAUGAAUACAUGAUUGACGAUCUGACUGCUCUGUGCUCCAAACUGCUCGAGGACAAGUUCCUCGCCGUGGACAACGUGUGGACAGUGCUGAGCAAGAAUUUCAGGGUGGACACCAUAUCUUCCGCUUGUCUCAAGUUUCUAGGCUCAAAGGCGAACGUCUGUUUGAAGCAUCCGAGUUUCCUCGAGGCCAGUGAAGAAGCAGUGAAGCUUUUCUACAAUUUGGACGAGAUGAGCAUCGAAUCCGAGUCGGAACUUCUGAGUGCUUGUCUUAGAUACAUCAAGACCAAAGAGAAUCAAAGAGAAGUGUUUCGCCAAUGCUGUCUUCCUGGCCUGCGACUUCUGGCUCUUGACUCUGCUGACCUCGUCAAGGUGUUUCCCAUGCUCACUCUCGAGGAGAAGACCAGCAUUGUGACCUGGAAAAGCCCUCUGAUGGCUGCAGAGAAGCCUCAGCUCGCGGCUGGCCUCUGUCCGAUUUCAAAAAGGAGAUCGGAAAUUAUGAAAAUCACCGGAGAGCAGACGCUGAUUUUGGUUCCAGACAGUCAUGUCCUUGGCGUCAGAGAUGUUUUCUUGACUAAAAGCUUCAUUAAAUCGACUUGUAAUGGUGGCUUGGCUUCACUUGCGCUUUUCCCGAAAAGAAACAUCAGAAUCUGUGGCUUUGAGCUCUUCAAUGCGCUGAACAUCAACGAGGAAAUUUUCCAAGACAGUGCAGAAACAAACAAAGACGAAGGCAUAGCUAAAAUCACCGCAAAUGUCAACAACUGCUCUAGCAUGCCAUAUCCACUCUCUACAGACGUGAAAGUUCCAGAAAAUCUUCCAUUAAAUGGCUGGUCUUUCGUCAAUCACUCUGCUCUGGUUCCUGCUGGUGGAUCUUUCACUUUGUGGGUAUAUUUCAAGUGUGGUAGCGUCUUCAGGACUCAGCAGUUCACUGAGCAUCUGGUAAAAAGCGUCAAUUCGAGCGCUGCCUUUGAUGUCUUCAGUAAGAUUGGAAUUGCAAACAGUGCCGAACUGUCUGAACACUUGGAGACAAAAUUUCCAGCUGACACCAAGUUGUGCAUCAUCAAAUCAAUUCAAUUCACCGAGAUCUAACUCGAGAUUAUUUUUUGAAUAAACAAAUUCACCAUUUAUUUUUUAAUUGAGAUGAAAAGUU